ACCGUUGUCGUCACUUCCGCUCGCGACCGGAAGUGCGGGCUCCUGCAAGUAUGGCGGCGUCAAAGGUGAAGCAGGACAUGCCCCCGCCAGGGGGCUAUGGCCCCAUCGAUUACAAGCGGAAUCUGCCGCGUCGGGGACUGUCGGGUUACAGCCUGUUCGCCGUGGGCAUCGGGACCCUACUCUUCGGGUACUGGGGCAUGAUGAAGUGGAAUCGCGAACGCAGGCGCCUGCAGAUUGAGGACCUGGAGGCCCGUAUCGCCCUGAUGCCACUGUUCCAGGCAGAGAAUGACAGGAGGGUCCUGCAGAUGCUUCGGGAGAACCUGGAGGAGGAAGCGAUUAUCAUGAAGGAUGUACCCGACUGGAAGGUGGGGGAGUCCGUGUUCCACACGACGCGGUGGGUGCCACCCCUGAUGGGCGAACUGUACGGGCUGCGCUCGCGCGAGGAGCUCAUCCACAACAACUACAGCUUCAUGUGGCGCAUGUAGGGCCUGCGACCCGCCCGCGCCGCUCCACGGGGACGAAUAAACCAACACCGGAGACCCCG